CCAAUUUCGGCUAGAUUUUCGGGCUUCUUCUCUCUUUAUUCCAAUCGAUCGGGACUUUGGGCUUGUUAUUUAAUUUUAGGGUUUGGAUUUGACUCGGCUUAAGAUUUGGAUGUAAUUUGGGGCUAUUCGUUGGUUUCAAUAUCAUAGCAGGACGAAUGGAAGGUUUUGGAUUGCUUUAGCUGAGAACUUCAUUGCAAUUCAUGUCUUUCGUAUGGUUUGACCGAAUGAAAUUUGCGGAUUUCUGGGUUGAUUUAGUUCAUGGUUUGGUGUAAUUCGAGUCCGUUGUUUAGUCUCAGUAGCAUAGGAAAUAAUUUGGAAGGUUUUGGAUUGACUUGGCUUAUUGGUAUGGAUAUGUUUUCGAGGUGGCAGUUGCUUUUCUAUUGGAACGAAGGAUGGGUUUAAGAUAUUUGAUGCACGGAGUGGAAGAUUAUGCUACAAGAGAGAUAAGCUGGUGGACCUGAUGGAGAUUGUUUGAGGUGAGGAAAAUUUGAUUGCCAAAAUAUGAACUUGAAAUUAGAGAUUGAUCAAGGUUGGAAAGCUUGAAGAUGAAUUAAGUCCUUGCUAGAAACCCAUGCUCUGGACAGCAAAGUAGAAAGUGUUUUACUAUUGGAGGAAGAUCCAGCACCAGGGUUUGGCUAAAGUUGUUGGUGCAUUUAGCAUUGUAGAAAUGCUAUUUAGCUCAAGUCUUCUUGCUAUAGUUGGAGCAGGGGAGCAGCCAUCAUUAUCUCCUCGGCGGCUUUGUCUUUUCAAUACUGUUACUGGAACUGCACUGAGAGAACUAAAUUAUUUGACAUCAAUCCUAGCCAUUCGUAUUAAUAGGAAAAGACUUAUUGUCAUAUUGCAAGAUAAAACAUAUAUUUAUGACUUGAACAGCCUUGCCAUUCUGGACACCAUAGAUACUGUGCCAAACAACAAAGGGCUCUGUGCAUUUUCUCCUAGUUCAGAAGGUUGCUAUUUGGCUCUUCCAGCAAGUACAACCAAAGGAUCUGUUUUAGUGUACAACACAGUGGAGCUGCAAUCACUUUGUCAGAUAGAUGCCCACCGUUCACCAUUAGCUGCAAUUGUCUUCUCUUCCAAUGGCAUGUAUCUGGCAACAGCUUCUGAACAGGGAACUAUUAUCAGAGUGCAUCUAGUUUCACAAGCAACUAAGUCAUAUAGUUUUAGAAGAGGAUCAUAUCCAUCAACAAUCUAUUCCCUAUCAUUUGGACCAUCUGCUGAACUUCCAGAUAUUCUUGUUGCUACAAGCUCAUCAGGCUCUUUGCAUGUAUUUUUCCUGGGACAAUUGAUAAACCAAAGAAGAAGACCCAACAAGCUACUUGGUUCAAUGAUCCCUGACUCGGUCAAUGAUGUCUUUGAACAAGCUCAUCAUCAUGUUCUUCACAAUGUUGUUCCUGCCAGUGUGAAAAGCUAUGUGACAAUCUAUAACGUAGACAAUGUUCCAAGUGUUUCCACGGUUUCUGCUCUUCGGGCGUCUAUUUUCAUCAUAACCUAUGAUGGGAACUUCCGCGAGUAUAGUUUAAACGUCACUAAGUUGAAUGAAUCUUCAUGGAGCUUGGAGCGUGAAUUCAACGCACUAGAAACGAUUUCUGAUAACCCCUGCUGACUAAGAACCGUGCAGGAAACAAAACUCAGCUGUCAAUCGUGGGAUAAAUAUGCUUUUGUCCUGCAAAUUUGCACGAUCGAACAAUAACACGAAGCUGUAAGGAGGGACCGGAUUCGACUGUGAUGGAUUCUCUGGGAGACAUGACCGAACACUUUCAUUCCUUGGGUUGGUUGCUGAAGAUCAAUGCACUGGUUUGUGUGGCUGACAGCCAGUUAGCGCUGGUGCAAAGAGCAUACUGAUUUUCGUGGUGUAAUCAUAAGAAAAAUCCGCAUUUGGCACUUUGGCAAAGAACAUAAGGAUUUUCUUCGGUCGAUUGCACCUUUAGGGUCAGUUGUAUAUUGAAGCAACAUGAUAUAUUUUUCUAAAUCAUCAUAACUCUCUGUCAAUGUAAUUGUAAUACAGGAUUACAAUUAUAUAUAUCCUUUCAUUCCCUUCCCUUCA